CAUAUGACUGUGACAUCCAUGGAGACGGUCACAGGGAGCGAGCUCUGCUCUCGGGUUUGAAAAGAGAGAGGCUUUCUGCGCCGGGUUUGUUUUCAAUACAAAAUGCCCCCGACUCUCUUCCAGAAACUUUUCAACAAGAGAAACGCGUUUUCGUCGCCGCCUCCGAGAUGCAGCAAAGAGGACCCAGCUUUCAGCUGGCCUCUUCCCCAGCUGGAGCCCAGUCAGAUCAGGUUAAUAGUGUACCAGGACUGUGAGAGACGUGGCAGAAAUGUCAUCUUCGACUCCAACGCCAAAAAGAGGAGCACGGAGGAAACUCCCAUCACCAGCACUGAGGGCCAGGUCAAGAUGUUCGGGAAAUGCUGCCAGCUCCGACCCACAGGUGGCAGCAGCAGUUCCCUGGACAGCUCCUCCUCUUGCACCUCUGAAACCAAAGACACCAAAGAGCAGGGUCUCCGCUUCCAGGGUUCGAGGUGUUCGUCCGAUGUGGUAAUGUUGGGGGAAAUGAUGUUCGGCUCUGUUGCCAUGAGUUACAAAGGCUCCACACUAAAAAUCCACCAGAUCAGAUCACCACCUCAGCUGAUGCUGAGUAAGGUCUUCACCGCCAGGACUGGAGGCAGUGUGUACGGCAGCCUCAACACGUAAGCACAGACACUUUCUUUUGUCCCCCCCUCUUCCUUCUCUUCCUAUCCAUGUUUUUGUUUGUGCUGCACAGGAUUUUCGCAGCUCUGCAGCCCUCGCCGGGCCUUCUCUGAGCAGGGCCCUCUGCGCCUCAUCAAGAGCGCAUCUUUCUUUUCAGGCCACAGUCACCCCAUGGACAUGCCUGGCCGAGGGCUGUACGACGAGAGGGACAGCGGCAUCGCCAGGUCAGCUUCUCUGAGCAGCCUGUUGAUCACCCCUUUCCCAUCUCCUGGCUCCUCUCUGACCAGCAGCUGUGCGUCCAGCUACCAGCGCCGAUGGCUCCGCAGCCAAACCACCAGUCUCGAGAACGGUGUUUUUCCCCGAUGGUCUGUGGAGGAGAGCUUCAACAUGUCUGAUGAAAGCGGGGGGCCGGGCCUCGGCGUAGCCAGAAAGAAGAAGAUCGCCAUCGGAGUCAUCUUUACGCUGUCCCCCAAUCCCGAGGAGAACAACCGCUUCCAGGAUUUCUUUUUCUCCCACUUCCCUCUGUUUGAAAGCCACAUGAACAAACUGAAGAGCGCCAUCGAACAGGCCAUGAAGAUGAGUCGACGGUCAGCUGAUACCAGCCAGAGGGCCUUGGCUUACAGCCGAAUGAUGGACGGACUCAACGAGUUCAGGAUGACCAUCUGCGACCUUUACACCAUGCCUCGGGUGGCUGAGCCUGUCUGGUUGACCAUGAUGUCUGGGGCAUCGGAGAAGAACCAGCUCUGCAGUCAGUUCAUGAGGGAGUUCUCCCUGCUGAUGGAGCAGGCCUCCAAGAACCAAUUCCUCCCGGCUUUAUUGACGUCGAUCCUGACUAAUCAUCUGGCCUGGGUCCCCACCGUCAUGCCCAAUGGGCAGCCUCCAAUCAAGAUCUUCCUUGAGAAACACUCCUCUCAGAGUGUGGACAUGCUUGCAAAGACACACCCCUACAAUCCACUCUGGGCACAGCUAGGGGACCUGUACGGGGCCAUUGGGUCACCAGUACGCCUCUCAAGGACGGUGGUGGUUGGCCGACGACAGGAUCUGGUCCAGAGACUCCUCUAUGUCCUCACAUACUUCAUCCGCUGCUCUGAGCUGCUGGAGACGCACAUGCUGGACAGUGCUGAGGAUGAGGCCAUCGUCAUGCCUGGUUCCCUCAUCACCACCUCCCUAAGGAAAGGAGAGGUGGAGGAGUCGGACUAUGUCCUUGUUACUGUCCAUAAACCCAGCGGGGACUACUUGUCCCAAGGGGCCCAUGGCCAUCAGAGUGAGACAGAGGACAGUAGCUACCCCUCGGACAACAGCCUCCAGAGCAGCACAUACACAGACACUGAUGUGGGGCAUGGUACCGAGGAUGCACCAAAGGAGGAAGACGAGGAUGAGGAAGCAGAGGAGGACAGCAGUGAGAGUCAAGGGUCCAGGAGCAGUGUGCUUCAGAUCGGACACAGUCAGGACAUGAUUCCUGUUAUCAGGACUAUAGAAGCAGCUGAGCCUGGGGAGCUGCACAGGGAGUCUAGCAGCCCGCUGGGCACAGAGGCCCGACUCGAGACCGUGCUGUGCAUUGGCUCAGCCUCACCCAGGGAGCAGGUCUGUGUGCUGGAAACAGAGACCAAGGGCGAACUGAAACUUACCCUCCCAAUCAUACCCUCAACCUGUGCAUCAAGUCCGUCCCCAACUCCCAUCACAGAGUGUAAGAACUCCGGGACAGCGGCUGGGAUGGAUGCAGGCACGGGGAACCCUCUCACCAAAGCGCUAAAUCCUUGGCCUUUGGGAAUCCCACUAGAGAAGAAGCCUCCGGAUAAGAACGUCUCUGCCAUGGUGCCAGUGCCAGUGAUACCGGGAAACACCGUGACAGGGCCCAUGGCUUUGACUCUCACAGAAGAGGAGCCAGCAACGAAAGUCACUUUUCUCAUUGGUGACUCCAUGUCCCCUGAGUCGGACACAGAGAGCCGCAGAAGGAAGGUGGAGGAUGAGAUUAAAAAGCACAAGAAACACCUCAAGGACAAACAUCUGCUUCACCAGCAGCAGCUGAUGCAUCAGCAACAACAACAGCAUCAUCAUCAUCAAGGGCAACAUUAUCAACAGCAACCGCUGCAGCUGCAGAGAGGAACAGAUUCAAAGACCAGCAGCACCAGUGCAUCGGAGGACCAAACCAAACAGACCAAGGCAGCUCCUGCUCUGCAGCGGGUGUCUAGUAAGAUGCCCCAGUGGAGCUCAGCAUGUAUGGAUGAUUUUGACGAGUGCAUCGGCCUGGACAACCCUGUGGAGACGAGGACAAUAGACGAUGUGUCUAAACGACAGCAGGCCAGCACCAUUGACAGCAUGCACAAAGACUUGCUGGACCCCUCGGGAGUCCGUGGGCCUGGUGACUUGGGAGUUCAGACUUUUCAGGGUGGAGUAAGAAUUCAGGAUUUGGGUCUCUGUUUAAGUUCGGACAGGGAAGAGGUGGGGUCCAGCAGGAAAGGAGACACUUUGUUGGAUGUCCAGAUGAGGUGCAGAUGUGGUUCCACAGAUUCCUCCGACAACUGCUGCUGUAGGGGCUGUUCUGCUGAGCAGGACAAGGGUCUCGUGUUGUCAGUCCCAGUCCCGCAGGACAGAAACAGCAACAGUAAAGAAGACCAAAAGCAUAAGGUGGCUCCUGUCAAUGACUGGGAGAUACCGCGCAACGAGAGCUCCGACAGCGCGCUAGGGGACAGUGAGAGUGAGGAGACGGAGGACUGGCAGGAGGAAGUGCUGGUGCCCUUCCCUGGGUCGAAGUUGGUGGAGAACUACUCAAAGCCGAGCAUCGCCAAUUUUGGCAGGUCUCUGUUUGGGGGCUACUGCCCCACCUACGUGCCAGACUUUGUACUGCAUGGGAUGCCCAGUGACGAGAAGCUGCGGCAGAGCCUCAUGGCUGAUUUAACUCAUGCUGUUCAGCAUCCGGUACUGGAUGAGCCCAUAGCGGAGGCUGUCUGCAUUAUAGCAGACACAGACAAGUGGACGGUGCAGGUGGCGAGCAGUCAGAGACGAGCAACUGACGUCAACAAGCUGGGGAAGGAGGUCCUGGUGUCCAGUCUGGUUUCCAGCUUAUUACAGUCCACUCAUCAGCUCUACAAACUCAACCUCUCACCCAACUUUUGUAUAAUGCACCUUGAGGACCGCCUGCAGGAAAUCUACUUCAAGAGCAAGAUGCUUGCUGAGUAUUUAAAGGGCCAGACACGAGUCCAUGUGAAAGAACUGGGCAUGGUCUUAGGAAUCGAGUCCAGCGACCUUCCCCUGCUGGCUGCAGUGGCCAGCACCCACUCCCCCUAUGUGGCUCAGAUCCUUCUAUGAGACCGUAAAGACACUGAAGUCCCUGAGCAGCCCGAGGAAACCGGUCUGACUCGGGCGGUGCCACUCUGGCCCCAACACACAGCUGUCCAUGCUCCGCUGCUGACCCCCCCGACAUGGUUUCCUUUCUCGUGUGCCUGGACUCGGUGGGUCUUGCCCUGCAGGUACAGUGCACAUGUUAAUGGACCACAGCCAGCGCCUCCCCUCACCACCCCUGCUGCUGAAGUUGGUGCAAUGCUGAUAUUGUGCCACAGUGGGAGGCUGCAGCCCACAGCCGCACGGACGGAGCGUGGCUCUGCGGACGACCGAGGAAUCCCUGAAAUGACCUUCUCCUGUUGUUUGAAUGUUUUAAAACGGGACUCACUUUACUUUUUUGGACGUAAAAGCCAAAGACUUGAUUCAUUUUCCCAGUUGAAGAUGAAACUUUUAAGAUACCUACAGAACAUGAACAAUGUAUUUUUGUUUCUUGAAACUGUUUCUCUUUCUGUACAAUCUUAAACCCGGUCGCACAAUGUGACGGACUCCAAGUUUAAAGGUAACAGAUGGACGUUUUUACACUUUGCUUUGAGGUAAAUAUCAUUGAGAACAUUAUCAAUCUCGCGCCAAUUUUGUUAUGUUUGUUGUUUAUCUUCCUGUGUUUGUUUACAAGCCAAAUUUCCCUGAGAUAUCGAAAACAAAAUCUGACACACAGGAUUUUUUUUUUUUGACAAAUUACAAUACACACCUGACUUUAACCCUUAUGGUUUGUCACAGAGGUGCACACCGUGAUUUUAUUUUUUGUUCUACAAACUAAUUCUGAAAUGGCUAAAAGUGGCUUUGACAUUCUUAUCAUAGGGACAGCACUACCUCAGAUCUUCGUAUGGGCUGUGGACGACCCACACACACUUACAGCUGCCCCAUAGAAAACCAUGAGGUGUAGUUUUUAAGAUAUUUUAAUCAGAGGAAUGUCGGUGUCAACUGUGUGCGGACUCUAUGCUGUGUUCUUUCAAAAAGGGAAGGCUGUUUAAUUCUUUAGGAUGAUCGUUACAAAACUUAAAGAGGAAAAAACAUUUGAUGCAUCAGAAUGUGAUGACGGCGUUUUCCUUUCUACUGUGGAAAAGCUUAAAAAAUGCAUCAUCUACUUAUAUUUUAAAACUAGAUGCUGAAAUAUUUUCACACUUUUAUAGCUUUGCCACAUUUAUACGAUGUUUACGGCUUUGAUGUUUUUCUGCGGCGAGAGGAGACGGAGAAGGAACACAGUAGGCCUUAGAGUGGAUAUGUAUGUAUCAGUUAACACUACUGGAUUUUCAGUUUCUCUGACAGUUGUAAAACAAAGCAAAAGUUAUAGUAGCACACUUUUAUCUUUUUGUUUCUCUUUUGAUUCUCCACGAACCCAGGGUGGGAUUUGCUGAGAUUGAAUCGCUUUGCUAGUUUCCAUUUUUUGAUUCUCACCUAGGCACAAAGUGUGUCCUGCAGCGGGGCUAAUGCAGCAUAAUUUCAUUAUUCUCAGUGUUUGCUGACGGUUGAUAUCAUUGAAAAUCAAAGUAUAUUUUCUUUGUUUCAUUGCCGACAAAAUAGUGCGAGUAAAACAAUUAUUUAACAUGAAAAAGAGAGGAACUGCUGCGUUUCAGGCGAUACCACAGACUGUAUGUAAAGAUGGACGACAUGAACGUUCCCCAAACUGAAGCAGAAGCGUCCCCGUGUUGAGUGGCUACAGUUUAGGUCAUACACUCUGCCUCCUCCAUGUUAGUGGAUAGUGAUAUAGAUUUUCCUCAAAGAUGUUUCUUGUCAUUUUAGGUUCUUAUCACACUGAAGUUUGACCGAGUAAUUUAGUGAAAUUUUUUUGAUGCUAUAAAAAUGGGGUGAAACGUCAUGAUUGACAGCUGAGACUGACACACGAUUGGUCGAGCGCGUGUAUCUGUGGGAUCUCUCUCCUCCGGCUUCAUCCCCCAAUCGCUACUGUGCAGACUCUGACCCCCUAUACCCAAGAUAGUUUCAUUUCUUGACAGUGGGAGGAAGUGGAGACGCGUCGUCCAUCUUUAUUCACGGUCUAUGGUCCACACUGCGCUUUACCACUUUACCACUUAACCACUUUACCACUGUGCUGAAAAUGUACCUUCAUGGAAAAGGAAUUGCAGGCUGAGGGUAAAGUGGUGCAGUGUGUUUGAAGCUCCUUAUUUUCUACCAUUUACGUUGACAAAUCCCCAAUUUUGACAAAUUGUUGAAAAAAGCAGGAAUAACUUUGGCAGUGUGAUGCUGAGAGUUGGAACCGCACUAGUUUUCUUUCUGUCCAGCCAAAUCACACCCUGAAUAUAACCCAAGUCUUAACGGAGAAGUGGCGUGGACGCACCGCAGGCGUCUGGAGCGCUCCUUUUGCUGGUAAAAUCUGAUGUAAACACGCUUGUUACUGUAUCGAAGAUGCUCAGCUAUAUCGGCCUACGUUUUUGUACAACCCAGCCAUGAUGUUUAAAAAAAAAAAAACAAAAAAAACAAAAAGGUUCGAAUUUAUAUCUCGCUUUUCCCUCUUUGUACAUGAAUAAAUUAUUUAGUUGCUGUGGUAUGUGUAACAGUUUGUGUAAACUGUACAUACUGUUUAUUUCCACGUCAUUUGUACAGAAUGUCUUUUAAGAAUUGUAUCCUCAAAUUAUUUUUUUCCCAAUUUUAUGGGAAUGUUGUGCAAUAAAGAUGCCCGAUGUUGAGAA